UACUACACAGUAGUGACAAAAAUUCCCUGUUUUUACUUUUUCCCCCUCUUUCGCAAAACCCAGCAAGAUUGACUCAAUUUCCUGUUUUCCACAAAGCUGAGCCAUACCACGUACCUCCAUGGAGACGCGAUCCCAGUUGAAAACCCAUUACUGGGUUCGAGCUUCUCCGUCCGAUUUUGGUGGCACACUUCCCCAACCCCGCAGUGGGCAUACAGCUGUGAACAUUGGGAAAUCAAAGAUUGUGGUGUUCGGAGGCUUAGUCGACAGGAAAUUCCUCAGCGACCUCUUUGUUUAUGAUAUCGAGAACAAAUUGUGGUUUCAACCAGAGUGUACAGGCACUGGUUCUGAUGGGCAAGUGGGUCCCAGACCACGAGCAUUUCAUAUUGCCGUUGCAAUUGACUGCCAUAUGUUCAUCUUCGGUGGGAGGUCUGGAGGUAAAAGGCUGGGCGAUUUUUGGGUCCUAGACACUGAUAUUUGGCAAUGGUCAGAACUUACCAGCUUUGGUGACUUGCCUUCGCCGAGGGAUUUUGCUGCUGCUUCAGCCAUUGGCAAUCGUAAAAUUGUAAUGUAUGGCGGCUGGGAUGGUAAAAAAUGGUUGUCAGACGUCUACGUUUUAGACACAAUUUCACUUGAGUGGAUGGAGUUAUCAGUUUCUGGAGUUUUACCCCCUCCAAGAUGUGGACAUACAGCCACUAUGGUAGAGAAACGGUUGCUUGUCUAUGGUGGCAGAGGUGGUGGAGGACCAAUCAUGGGUGAUCUAUGGGCUUUAAAGGGUCUUAUUGAAGACGAGAAUGAAAGUCCAGGUUGGACUCAAUUGAAGCUUCCUGGUCAAGCUCCUGCAGCCAGUUGCGGGCAUACUGUCACAUCUGGGGGGCCUAAUCUUUUAUUAUUUGGAGGGCAUGCAACUGGUGGCUGGUUGAGUCGCUAUGACGUUUACCACAAUGAUUGUGUUGUUUUAGACAGGGUGUCUGUACAAUGGAGACGCCUACCAACUAACAAUGAUCGACCAGCUGCUCGAGCGUAUCAUUCCAUGACUUGUAUUGGUUCACGAUAUUUACUAUUUGGCGGGUUUGAUGGAAAAUCAACCUAUGGUGAUUUUUGGUGGUUGGUUCCAGAAGGUACUGUGAAUAUUAACAUCAGGAAUAUGUCUCAGCUCAAAUUGUUUAAUAAACUACUCUGUUGUCUGUUUCCUGGUUCAAUUGAUUCAAGUCAAUCAUGAUGAAUAAGAAAAUUUGGAUAUACUGAAGGAUCUAUAUUCUCAGAAUUGCAUCGAAAGUUAGAAGUUUCUGUUUCGCUUAAUCAUCAUAAGCUAAUCAUGGAUGAGCUGGAGGACAGAGAAUUUGCUGAACUGGCUUCACAAGUUAAUGGAGAAAAGUUUCCCAGCAAUGUACAGGCACUUCGUCACCAUUGGAAAAUGUCCUCACCAGAGUCUAUACAACUGAAAGAGCUUAGUCCCUUACUUCGUGACUACCAACGCCUAAUUAUCCGUCAUCAUCUAAACAAAGUUGAUUUGAAGUCACAGCCUGUGGAAUCUGGCUUUCCUGAAAGAGAGACUUUCCGGUACUAUCAUAUUAGAAAUGCUAUGCAGCUGCGCAUUGAUGAUAUCCCAAGUUUACUGGCAGAGUACAAGGAGCUGUUAUCAUAUGUAAAAGAAAACUGAAAGCUUAAACAGAGUUCUGUGAAGCAUUGUGAAUUGGAUCUUUCAUUUUCUAAUUGACUUGUUAGCGUAUUAGAUAGCUGUUCAUUCCAAAGCGCCUCGCGAUGUCUGUUUUCUUCAGCUUAAACAGACGACUACAUAUUAUACCUAUUUGUGAACUGGCGGAGCAGACUACGAGUUAAUGGAUCUCCUCUUUGUGCAACA